CUCCUUUUAAAAGCCUGCCCCGGCUCUACUCGGUUCCUCCAUUCGUUCCAUCGGCCGGCGGCUUAAACCCUAGGCUCCUCCAUCGCCGCAUCUUCUCCGCCGCCGCCUUCGCCUUCGACGCCGAUGGAGUUCUGGGGUCUUGAAGUCAAGCCUGGAACCACUGUUAAGUGUGAUCCUAGCGAUGGCUACAUCCUUCAUCUUUCCCAGGCUGCUCUUGGGGAAUCAAAGAAAAGCGACACAGCAUUGAUGUAUGUCAAAGUUGAUGAUCAGAAGCUGGCCAUUGGUACCCUCUCACAUGACAAGUACCCUCACAUCCCGUUUGAUUUGGUCUUUGACAAAGAGUUUGAGCUGUCACACACAUCAAAAGCUGCCAGUGUGUUCUUCUCCGGUUACAAGGUCGAGCAACCUGGUGUGGAAGAUGAAAUGGAUUUUGAUUCUGAAGAAGAUGAAGAUGUAGGGGAAGAGCAGAACAUUCCUUUAAUCAAGGAAAAUGGCAAAGCUCAAGGGAAGGAGGAGCAGAAAAGCAAGGCAGGGCCUGCGGCUUCAAAUUCAAGUGCUGCUGUAAAGGAUGUUGACAAGAAAAUCAAGGCUGAUGAUGACAGUGAUGAGGAUGAAACUGAUGAUGAUUCUGAUGACGAUGAUCUAUCUCCUGAUGAGGAAGGCAACGAUGAUGAUUCAAGUGAUGAGGGUGAUUCCAGUGAGGAGGAUGAGGACAGUGAGGAUGAUGAGGAAGAAGAAACUCCAACUCCCAAGAAGCAGCCAGAGGUAGGCAAGAAGAGAGCAGCGGAAAAUGCUCUGAAGACACCUGUUUCUGAUAAGAAAGCGAAAGUUGCCACGCCAUCUGGCCAGAAGACAGGUGGUAACAAGGGCACUGCCCACGUGCCAACUCCGCACCCAGCAAAGAAGGUGAGCAAGACCCCUGCGAACAAUGACAAGUCAAAGGAGAAGUCCCCAAAAUCUGGUGGGUCGGUCGUGUGCAAGUCGUGCAGCAAGACGUUCAACAGCGACAUGGCUCUACAGGCUCACUCGAAGGCCAAGCAUGGUGCAAAGUGAGGGACUCUCUGCUGGUUGGGAUUGGUGCCUUUUUAGAGUUGGGGAAGAAAUGGCGGUAGUAGGCCUUAUUUUGUCACGAUACGUGCCUUAGUGGUUGUUAUGUGAUUGGUGCGUUUCGUGGAGACUCAAAAUGCAGCAGAACAAGCUGCCGUGAACUAGUAUUUUGGGUUGUUCGGAUGGUAGUUUUGGGAAUCGUUGAAUCUACCUUGAUGCUGUGCUUCGUUUUAGCCUGGUUGGCUACUGCUUUUGAUGGAAUGGAGCUGUUGCUGUGAAUCCAGCUUCUGUUUU